UCUAUUGGAAACUUAAAAACAGAACCGGAAGAAGAGCGAUUAUUAAGUGAAUUAUGUGGCAUACAUCUCGGAAUACGGCGCGCGUAGUGAGACCCGAAGCUAACGUGGCCAGAUAUUCAAAAGCGCGCUUUUGCAUUUUGUUUAUUUGGACACUGACCAAUAAUCAAAAACCAUUGUCCACGCUUUGAAAAAGAGAGACUUUAGGGUUUUAGCACUCUUCAAAUCCCAAUCAUGUUCAAAACGGAGGAGGAAGAAGAAGAAGAAUUUAGAGUUCAGUUGAAGCACUUAGAGGAGUCUGCAGAAGCCAAUCCUGAAGACCCCUCUCUUCGUUUCAAUCUCGGGCUUCUCUUAUGGGAAAAAGGAGGUCAAUCCAAGGAAAUCAAGGACAAAGCGGCCGAACAUUUUGUUAUUUCUGCCAAAUUGAAUCCCCAUAACGCUGCCUCUUUCGCAUAUUUGGGCCAUUAUUACUCUCGCUUAUCCGCUGAUUCUCAGAGGGGUCUCAAAUGUUACCAGAGGGCCAUCACCCUUAACCCUGAUGAUUCUGAGUCUGGGGAAUCCCUCUGUGAUCUGUUGGACCAUUCUGGAAAGGAGACCUUGGAGCAGGCAGUCUGUGAGGAAGCCUCAGAAAAGUCACCCAGGGCUUUUUGGGCUUUCCGUAGAUUGGGUUACCUCCACGUCCAUCACUGCAGGUGGUCUGAAGCCGUUCGGAACCUUCAACACGCUAUUCGAGGUUAUCCCACCUGUGCUGAUUUAUGGGAAGCUCUAGGUCUUGCCUACCAGCGACUUGGCAUGUUUACUGCUGCUACUAAGUCCUAUGGGCGCGCCAUUGAAUUGGAUGAUACAAGAGUUUUUGCUUUGGUUGAAAGUGGAAAUAUCUUCUUGAUGCUCGGUUCCUUCAGAAAGGGAGUUGAGCAGUUUCUGCAAGCUCUAAAAUUUUCACCUCAAAAUGUGUCUGCAAAGUAUGGACUAGCUUCUGGACUCCUUGGUUUGUCAAAGGAAUGUAUGAAUUUGGGUGCAUUCAAAUGGGGAGCAUCAUUGUUAGAGGAUGCAGGGGAAGUUGCAGAAGUAAAUGCUCAGUUGGCUCCAAAUGUUUCAUGUAUCUGGAAGUUGCAUGGUGACAUUCAGCUCACCCAUGCAAAAUGUUUCCCCUGGACAGAAAGGGACCAAGGUGCAGAAUUUGAUGCAGACACCUUUGAGUCUUCCAUCUUUUCUUGGAAGCAAACCUGCUAUUUGGCUGCUAUGUCUGCCAAAAGGUCUUAUCAACGGGCUUUGCACUUGGCCCCAUGGCGAGCUAACCUUUAUAUUGACAUUGCGAUAACUUUGGAUCUCAUUUCUUCUAUGAAUGAAAAUUAUGGGCAUGACUUGUAUCCUUGGCAGCUAUCGGAGAAGAUGGCUUGUGGGGGCUUGUUACUUGAGGGUGACAAUUAUGAGUUCUGGGUGGCACUAGGGUGUUUAUCUGGACAUAAUGCAAUGAGACAACAUGCCUUGAUCAGGGGAUUGCAAUUGGAUGUAUCAUCAGCUUUUGCUUGGUCAUAUCUUGGGAAGCUUUAUAGAGAAGAAGGUGAGAAAAAAUUGGCAAGACAGGCAUUUGAUUGUGCUAGAAGUGUAGAUCCUUCACUUGCAUUACCAUGGGCAGGAAUGGCAGCCGAUGCUCAUGCUAGGGAACCUACAACAGAUGAGGCUUUUGAGAGCUGUUUACGAGCUGUGCAGAUAUUGCCUCUUGCAGAGUUCCAAAUAGGUCUUGCUAAGCUUGCUUUGCUUUCAGGGCACCUUGCAUCUUCACAGGUAUUUGGAGCCAUCCAGCAGGCAGUCCUGCGUGCCCCUCACUAUCCUGAAUCUCAUAAUUUGAAAGGGCUAGUUUGUGAGGCACGAUCUGAGUAUCAAACUGCUGUUGCUUCGUAUAGGUUAGCACGCUGUGCAGCCAAUGUUUCAUCAGGCAAUGCUUCUAAAUCUCAUCUCCGAGAUAUAGCAGUUAACUUGGCCCGAUCUCUUUGUAGGGCCGGGUAUGCUGCAGAUGCUGUUCAAGAAUGUGAAAAUCUGAAGAAAGAAGGUGUACUUGAUGCGGAAGGCAUGCAGAUAUAUGCUUUAUCACUAUGGCAACUUGGUAAGAGUGAUCUUGCCCUCUCUGUGGCAAGAGAUCUGGCUGCCAGUUUCAAUUCAAUGGAGCAAACAUCUGCAGCUGCUUCUGUUAGUUUCUUCUGCAGAUUGCUUUAUUACAUUUCUGGACUAGAUUCAGCAAUUACUAGCAUUUUGAAAAUGCCAAAAGAACUGUUCGAGAACUCAAAAAUCAGCUUUAUACUGUCUACUAUACAUGCUCUUGAUCAGAGUAAUCGACUUGAGUCAGUUGUUUCAAGCAGUCGUUACUCCAUUGUAUCUCAUGAAGAUAUCAUUGGAAUGCAUUAUUUAAUAGCACUUGGUAAAUUGAUAAAGCAUGGAUCAGAUUCUUGCCUUGGAUUUCAGAAUGGAGUCUCUUACCUAAAAAAAAUUCUUCACAAGUACCCUAACAGUAAAUUGAUGAGGAACUUGCUUAGUCAGCUUUUACUAUUCACUGAGGAAUGGGAACACGCUCAUGUAGCAAGUAGGUGCUGCAUUGUAGAUGCUCCAUACAGUGGCAAUAAACUAGGUUUAAAGUCAGGAUGUGAGAUCCUUGGUGCUGGUGCAGUUGCUUGCUAUACAAUUGGCAAUAAAGAUCCGAAGUUUUCUUUCCCAACAUGUGGCUAUCAGUGUAUGAAUGGACCUGCAGCCAUUCGAGAACUCCAGAAGUACUUGCGUCGAGAACCAUGGAACCAUAAUGCACAAUAUUUGCUUAUACUUAAUAUUUUACAGAAGGCACGUGAAGAGAGAUUUCCUCGGCAACUUUGUGUGAUACUCAAGCGACUACUUUUAGUGGCACUUUACAAUGAGCUAUACACUAGAGAGAGCUUGUCAUAUCAAUAUCAGAAGUUUCAGCUUCUACUUUGUUUAUCUGAAAUUAGUUUGCAAUGCGGAAAUCCAAUCAACUGUAUUGAGCAUGCUAAAAGUGCUGUGUCACUUUGUCUCCCUGAUAACUACCGUUUUUUUGGACACUUGUUGUUAUGUCGAGCCUAUGCUGUUGAAGGCAACUUUGUAGGCCUUCAGGAAGAGUAUAUAAGAUGCCUGGAGGUUAGGACAGAUUACCAUAUAGGAUGGAUAUGUCUUAAAAUCAUGGAAUCCCAUUACAGCAUUCAAACUGAUUCAAAUAUCUCAGAGCAGAGUUUCAUGCAAUGCUCAAAAAAACAGAAGAAUUCAUGGAAUAUGUGGAUGGCUGUAUUUAAUUUGGUUUUGGGUUUAGAAUCUAUGUGGAAUCGGGAUCUUUUAUCUGCUGAAGAAUAUCUUUCACAAGCGUGUUUGCUGGCAAGUGCUGACAGCUGUCUUUUUCUCUGUCAUGGUGCUAUCUGUAUGGAGCUUGCCAGAAAGUUUAGUAGUUCCCAACUCUUAUCAUUUGCUAUUAGGAGUCUCACCAAAGCUUCUGUAAAUUCUGUUAUUCCGUUGCCUAUUAUAUCGUUAUUGAGGGCACAAGCAGAAGGGAGCCUUGGCUCUAAGCAGAGAUGGGAGGAGAACCUCCGGCUUGAAUGGUAUUCUUGGCCACCAGAAAUGAGACCUGCAGAAUUGUUCUUUCAAAUGCAUUUACUUGCAAGUCAAUCAGAAGCUCGAGUUGAUUCUUCAUCCAAUGUAGAAUUCUGUCAAAGCCCACAGAAAUGGGUUCUUCGGUCUAUUCAUACAAAUCCAUCUUGUUUGAGAUAUUGGAAGGGUUUACAGAAGCUUAUGGAAUGAUGAGCUGCAUGCUUCUCAAGACUCAAGAGUGCACAAUAGGGGAAAACAAGAGCAAAUGUGUAAUUUUUCAAAGAUCCUGCUUCACAUGGUGCCUUCAACGUCCUGUAAAAAUGCACUGAGAAGGCUGUAGGUGCGGUCUUGCCUGCUGUGAUUGCAAGUGGAGGAUCCAUGUUGGGUCCACGUAUAUCAAUGAUUAUGAUGGUGAAAGUAAUUGCAAUAGACUACUGCACUUGGCAUUUCUCAAUGGACAAGGCUCUCAGGAGAUGCAUUAACUGAUGUCAGUUGGAUGUUGUGACGUCCCCUUUUUGUGUAAAUUAAAACAUUGUUAUUUAUUGUAGGAUUUUAACGCUUGAGAGUUAAGUAGUUAGAGAAACCAAUGUGUUAAGCACCAAAAAAAAAAAAAAAGGUCAGGAAUAGGAUGUAUUUUGCAUUUGGAAUUGACUAAAUUCUCCUAUAGGAAUUUCCAUCGAGCCUAAUCAGAUAUUCAGAUCCUUAUCAAA